GAGCCGUCUGGUUGGUUUCUGAAGCAGUCGAAAAGCGAGUGCAUUGUGGGAUACGAAAUGAAGCACAAUGGCGGUUAGGCAGCCAGUAUAUCAUGCUCUCAUAGUGACAUGUUUCAUUUCGUCUGUUCUACUCCAAACUCGUCGGACUUUUGCCGAAGACUUGAAGUGGGAUGAAAAUGGCUACGUUUUGUACUGCCCUUGCAUGGGUCGCUUUGGAAACCAAGCAGACCACUUCCUGGGAUCUCUGGCCUUUGCAAAGAUGUUGAAUAGAACCUUGGCAGUCCCUCCCUGGAUAGUAUACCGCCAUCACACACACCCUUACACCAACGUCCAUGUUCCCUACAGUGAAUUCUUCAAACUGGAGGCCUUGUCAGCCUACCAUCGUGUAGUCAGUUUGGAGGACUUCGUGGCGAAGCUGGCUCCCAAACACUGGCUGCCAGGACAGAGGAAAGCCUACUGCUUUGAGACUGCUGCACAGCGAAGUGCAGACAAGAAAUCUUGCCCUAUGAAGGAUGGAAACCCUUUCGGUCCAUUCUGGGACUACGUCGGUGUGGAGUUUGACAAGUCUGUCUUGUUUGGUGGGAUUUCUUUUAGUGCCUACCACCAACCUCAGUGGAUGAAGAAGUUCCCCCCCUCUGAGCACCCUGUCCUGGCCCUGCCUGGGGCUCCUGCCCAGUUCCCUGUGACAGAGGAGCAUGCAGGCCUGCAGCGCUUUGUGGUGUGGUCAGACAAGAUGGUGAAGGAGGGAGAAGAGCACAUUGCCACCCUGCUGACCAGGCCAUACGUUGGCAUUCACCUGAGGAUUGGCAUUGACUGGCAAAACGCCUGCAAAAUGCUGAAGAGCGGUGAUACAGGGCCUCACUUCAUGGCCUCACCUCAGUGUGUUGGCUAUAACCGCCAGACAGCCUUGCCUCUCACCAUGACCAUGUGCCUUCCUGACCUAGCAGAGAUCCGUAGAGCUGUCAAACUAUGGGUGAAGAAGACCUCUUCCCGCUCUGUCUACAUCGCCACUGACUCAGAAUCCCACAGUAGGGACAUUGAAAUGCUCUUCAAGGGCAAGGUGAAAGUGGUGAGUCUUCAGCCAGACUCGGCCCAAAUGGACCUGUACAUCUUAGGCCAAGCUGACCACUUCAUUGGCAACUGCGUCUCGUCCUUUUCCGCCUUUGUGAAGAGAGAAAGGGACGUCCAUGGCCUUCCAUCCUCCUUUUUUGGCAUGGACAAGCCUGGGAAAUUAAAUGAAAAAGAAGAACUCUGAGCUCAUGGGUCAAUUGGACGUCCUCUGGGCGCUAAUGCUGGCUGACUGUCACGAGGAGACGAGAGAACAUGUAGAAGGCAGAGAACGUUUCUGUCAUGUGAUGGUUCAUAGUAUGUGAAGGCCAGUCAUUUUAAAAUGGGUUUUUAUUGCAAGAAAAGGCUUAUGAGAUAGAAUGUUGCAGGACAGUAAUGUAAUGUCUGUGAAAUUUUAUGAUGUGGACAGUGCUGCUACCAAGAAACACUUUAUUUUUGUCUUUUCCCCGCUUGUAAAUCUAAUAUUUGUAUGUUUUCUGUCAAGAUCUGGCUUCUACUUGACUUUUUACACUGUACAAGAAACUAGUUUCCAUCAGGGAAACACACAUUUUCACUCUUUCCUUUCCUUUCUAUUGCAAGGAUAGCACAGUAACUGACUCUCCUGUACGUCCUAAUCACAGGGAGGAAGGAGAUGGUUUCUCCACCUCUCAUUUUUCAUGGACCAAGAAUUGAUGAAAUGUGUGGAACCUUGUCCUGAAUGUUGUGGGCACAGUAUUGUUACACACUGUGAUUGUGAACAGAUGUUUUGGGGAGACAAAAGAAUUGAUUUGCACUGGUAGAAGCAAUUAAAUGUAAAUGGGGAUGUAUGGCAAGCUAUUCCUGUUCCAUUGUUUGAAUGCAGUGAUUUUGAAGUAAAAUGUUUUCUAUAAUGUUUUUUUUCAUCAAUAAAAAACGACACUAAUUUUUUAAAGAA